CGCUGGUGCUCCGGAGCCUGGGGUGGGGUUAGCGGAGGGAGUCUCCUCGCUUGGCGAGCCCCAAGCGUCCAGGAGAAAGACCCCACCCCCACCCCAGAAGGAGCGAUCGCCCCCUAGCACCAUGCUCCGAAGACUUCUGGAUCGGCCCUGCACUUUGGCCCUCCUGAUCUGCUUCCAGUUUGCCUUCAUGGCCUAUUUCUCCUUCGGUGGCUUCCGGAACCUGGCCUCCAUCUUUGGGCAUGAUGCGAACCCGUCUUUUGAUUACUCACGGACCCAUGACGUCUACACGAACCUCAGCCUUUUGCCUCAGCAGCCCCGUCACGGAAGCCCCACGGGAUCUCUGCCCUACUGCUCAGAGCGAUCGCCUUACCUCGUUGGCCCCUUGACGGUGAGCUUUAGCCACAUGCCGACCCUGGAGCAGAUCCAGCAGAAGAACCCGGCCGUGAGCAACGGGGGCCGGUACCGCCCUUCCGCCUGUGAGCCGCGCUCCCGCACCGCUGUCGUCAUCCCGCACCGCAACCGGGAGAUGCACCUCCGUCACCUGCUGUACUAUCUCCAUCCUUUCCUCCAGCGCCAGCAGCUGCAGUAUGGCAUCUACGUCGUGCAUCAGGCUGGGAACACCACUUUCAACCGCGCGAAGCUGCUGAACGUGGGCGUGAAGGAAGCCCUGAAGGAUGAGGAAUGGGACUGUCUCUUCCUCCACGACGUGGAUCUCAUCCCCGAGAAUGACCACAACCUUUACACCUGUGACCCCUGGAGUCCCAAGCACGUCUCUGUCGCUAUGAACAAGUUUGGCUACAGCCUCCCAUACUCGCAGUAUUUUGGCGGAGUGUCAGCACUCACCCCCGAUCAGUAUCUGAAGAUCAAUGGCUUCCCCAACGAGUACUGGGGCUGGGGAGGGGAAGACGACGACAUCGCCACAAGGGUGCGUCUGGCCGGCAUGAAGAUCGCGCGGCCUCCCGUCUCCGUCGGCCACUACAAGAUGGUGAAGCAUAAAGGCGACAAGGGGAACGAGGAGAAUCCCCACAGGUUUGAUCUGCUGAUCAGGACGUACCGGGCCUGGACGCAGGACGGCAUGAAUUCCCUCUCCUAUAGGCUCCUGUCCAAGGAACUCCUGCCCCUUUACACUAACAUCACAGCUGACAUCGGUACCAACCCCAGGGCCAACAAAGGCUCCUUGCCCAACGUGGGCGGGAGGAACUAUCCGACCGGCAGCAACCACAACUUCCGGCAGGAGAUGUUGCGGAAGACCCCCUUUGCCAAACUCUCCCAGGCCAUGGGCUGGGGGGAAGCCCCUUUUGGCACAACGCAGGCGGGGAAGAAGGAACGGCCGGGUUCAAAAGCGGAGAAACCCAGAACGAGUCUGGCGACAGAGAAGGAGGGUACCGUCUCCCAGAACACGACCAGCAACAGCUUCCGGCGCCCAGUCUUACAAACAUCCGCGCCCAGCCUGGAGGCUCCAGAGCGAGGAGCAGAGGAUGCUGGGAGAGAGGAUCGGCUCCUGGGAGCCGACAGGGCAAAAACGGACUCCACAAAAACAUUUGACUCCAGGCUCCAGAAGUCGUCGAACAAUCGUACCGGCCUGCAAAAUGCUGACUAGGAAGGGACAGGCGUAUGCUGGUUGGCACCUAGAAACCCCCGUCCAGGCCCUGGGUCCGGCAGUUGCCGGCCAUUUCCUCGGUGUCUAGAACCAAUAAUUGGAAUUGCACUCGUGCUGUGUCCCAGAGGUCUUCGGGAUACCCUCCCCUCGUCUGCCAGUUAGGCAGGCUGGGUACUGAGGGUCUGGUGAACCCCAGUUUGACAAGAGAUUGGGGGGGGAGACCACCCAAGUUCCAUCAUGAAGGCUCUCGCCACCAGGCCGUAGAGCCACGCGACUCCCUGGGGUGUCCUGUCCUACCCAAGGUGGGGGAGGGGGGGGAGAGACCCAGCCACGUAAUGGUGGCUCUACCUUCCUUGUGCUCUAGCGGGGCCCUAGCCACUGUGGGCCACCCCCUUGCUUGGGGGAAGGUCAUAUCCCUUUGCCGGGCAUUGGUGGGACUUUCUACACUGUUACAGAUAAUCAAGUUGACUUGAAAGGGUGGGGGGCGAGCAGGGAGCGGGCUGGCCAGGCAGGAUGAAAAGGCAGCUUAUUCUGUGAAUGGAGUGGCCUGCCCCAUCCCCAGACAAUGGCCGGUCCCACGCUAGCAAAAGGGGGCAGAACUCGACUUCCGAUCGGUGCCAUUCCCGGAGAAGACAGCGAGCUGCUCGGACAGUCCUAGACUGUCCGCCUUGCCAGCUUCCUGUUCCAAAGGGGAAGAAAGAAGCUUCAGACCUUGUUUUGCAGCCCGGUGCUGCUGGGAUGACAUUUCUGGAGCGGGGAAGCAGAAAUGGGGUGUUUGCUUCCUUUCCCCAGGGUCCCGUCUGGUGGGCGCUGGUGUUUAUAGUUACUUUCUUGGGUCAUGGUUCGGAGCAGCGGUUGAUCUCCUCUCCUUUCUGCUUCUGUCCUGUAGCCCCCUUCCUGUUUCUCUCGUACGGGCAUGACCGGACGGUUCACAAGAAGGGGAACCUGGCCCAGAGAGGUUCCCCACAGUGAAAUUAGGGCUGCCUCUGAGAAUGUGGUUAAUGCCUCCUGCGCCGUGACCGAGCCCCGGUUAAAAGCAACGCUGGCCAUAGCAAAAGAGGACUCAGUCACGGGAUUCUGCGCUCGCGCUGCGUCCCGUUGAAAGGGGGCCAUGACCCAUACGGACGAGAUGUGACGUGAGCGCAAAGGCCUGUGUGUUUUUGCCUCGUGUUUAAACGGAGCCUUGAGGCCUAGACCUGGCAGCUGUCGUUCCAGACCCUGCAGGCGCCCCCCCCCCUUUUACCUGCUUCGAGUUUCCGGCCCCGGCUUGGUGCUACAAAGCGGCCGCGUGAAAAACCCUUGCACGAGGGAUCGAAGUCUGGCUGAACGGGUGCGCCUCGAAGGUUCUUUUUUUAUUUAUCUUCCAAAAAGCUCCGGGCUGUAGGACACUACCCACUUUCCCAAAUCUGGGCACUUUAUGCUGUAGAGUCUAGCUUCUCUCCAUAUUCCAAGGCCUGUAGGGGGCACUUCUGUCUUGGAAAAGACCUCUGGCGCUAGAUGAUGGAAGCUAGAGAACUACUCCUCUCUUAAGGGAAAGAUGUUCUGUUUCCCCCCCCCCCUUCCCCUUGAGCGGUUUGUAGAACAGAUCUGUAUUCUCCC